UUUGCACAGAAGUUUAUACUCUGGAAGAAGAUGGCUCUUCACCACCUAUGGAUCUUGCUCCUUUGCCUACAAACCUGUCUGGAAGCAGCUGGAAGUGACACAGACAUCUUCAUGGUGAAUGGGAUUCUGGGAGAGUCAGUUACUUUCCCCUUAUAUAUCCAGCAAUCACAGAAAGUUAUCAGCAUUUCUUGGAAUUCCAAAACAUCUGUCGCUUUUGUAACACCAGGAAACUCAGGAGCAGCACCCACAAUUUCCAUAACCCACCAAAAUUACCAUGAACGAAUAAAUGUCUCAGGUCAGAACUAUAACCUGGAGCUCAGAAAUCUGAGGAUGGAAGACUCAGGGAUCUACAAAGCCGACAUAAAUGUAAAGACCUCUGAAAUGAUCACCACCACCACCAGGUGCUACAAUCUUCAAGUCUAUCGUCGGCUUGGGAAGCCAAAAAUUACUCAGAGUUUAAUGACAUCUGUGAAUAGCACCUGCAAUGUCACACUGACAUGCUCUGUGGAGAAAGAAGAAAAGAAUGUGACAUACAGUUGGAGUCCACUGGGGGAAGAAGGCAAUGUCCUUCGAAUCUUCCAGACCCCUGACAACCAAGAGCUGACUUACACGUGUACAGCAUGGAACCCUGUCAGCAACAAUUCUGACUCCAUCUCUGCCCAGCAGCUCUGUGCAGACAUCGCAAUGGGCCUUCAUACUCGCCACACUGGGCUUCUGAGUGGGCUGGCUGUGCUCUCUCUGAUUCUAAUCAUUCUACCUUCAGUGAUUUUGUUCCUUUUGCACAAAAGAGGACAAGGUUCCUACUUGAAGACCUUCAGUAAGAACCCUGAUGCUGCCUCAAAAAAAACAAUAUACACAUACAUCACAGUUCCAAGAGACACCCAGACAGCAGAGCCCAGGAUCUAUGAUGAAAUCCCCCAGUCCAAGGUGCUCCCCACCAAGGAGGAGCCAGUGAACACGAUUUAUUCCAUAGUGCAGUACUCUGAUAAGAUAGGGAAAACCAACACUCAGGACAGCAAACCUCCUGGGACUUCAAGCUAUGAAAUCGUGAUCUAGGCUCCCAGAUGGAAUUCUCCCCAUGGAAACUGAGCUACAACCAUACCUACUGGCAGAUGCUCCAGACCUAGACUUGCUCUUCCCAGAUCUUACCUGGAGAUUGCAAAUCACCAGAUCCCAACACGUAAGCAAAGAAGCAAACACUCUGUUGCUGGGCAUAGCUCUUGCCUAGAUAAGCAAAUGGAUGCAUGCCCUUCCUGAAAUCGCUCCCUUCCUGAUGGAUGACAAGGCAGGUCCUUUGGCACAGUGCUUCCCACCCUUCUUCACAUCGCAGCACAUGGAGAAAAUAUUUUUAUGGUCUAAUGGGAUAAACAGUCAAGAUUGCUCAUGGCUGGAGGCUGUGUAUGACCAGAGGUGAUGACUCUUCCCAGCAACCCCAUAUGUGAAGGAUCCACAUUUUGCACACCUGUAAUCUGCCAUGACACACCACUUAGGAGCCUCUGCUCACACUCAAUAUAUGGGAGGAGCCCUGGUGCAUGGCUUCCCCAAAUCCACACAGCACCUUGGGCAGAUUAGCCCCUCACCUGAGUACAUGACUUGGCAUGUAGAGUGUGGACUGCAUGUCAGCCUCUGUUUGUCCCUUUGCCUGGGAAAUUUUAUUCAGGGUACACCUGGCUGGACCAGCCCAACCCUAUAUGACUGUGUGGCAUGGGAAGCCAUCAGAGUUGUGGCUCUCAGCUGUGCAGACACAGUCUCCCAAUAGAGUGUUGGAAAAUGCUCUUUCUGUAGGAACUAGACUGCUGGGGUAUUUUUCUUCAGACUCCACUUCAGAAACCUCAUAAUAUAUUUUUUUCUGGCCACGUUUUCCUUCUAUAUCACUCUGUGAUUGUUAAUUUUAUGUGUCAACUUGAUUGGACCAUGGGGUGCCCAGAUAUCUGGUUAAACAUUAUUCAGGCUGUGAGUGUGAGGGAUGAGAUAAACAUUUGAAUUGGUAGACUGAGUAAAGCAGAUUAAUCUUCCCCUCCAGUGUGGGUGGGCAUCACCA